AUGCCCAUGUUAGUACGACCACCGAAACGAAAGCUUCACGAGGUCGAAGCUUUAGACGAUGGGCCUCGAAAGUAUAGCUCAGAUGUCGUGACAUCUACUGCUGUCCACCUCUCCUCCCGAUCUCCUUCACGUCGAUCGAGUGAACAAAGAGAAGCAUCCGGAGAUUCGCGUCCGUCAUCGCGACGAGAAUUACACUCGAAUCGCGGAUCCCCAGUAUUGUUUGAACGUAGCCACCUCCAAACACCGCGCACAUUCAGCCGGAAAGCAUCCAUUGUGCUGAUCGGAAUCCGUGGCACUGGAAAGUCUAGUCUAGCGGUCAUCCUUGCGGCGACAUCCGGACGACGAUUGAUCGAUGCAGACCGCUACUUUCAGCAAACUGUGGGAUGUUCCCGUGCUGUGUUCAGAAAGGAAAAUGAUGGAUCCGUCUAUCGGCAGCAAGAGGCCCGGGUCUUCGAGUCGAUGCUGGCAGACAACCAAGAGGGAUGUGUGAUUGCGUGUGGAGCCGGGUCAAUGGAAAGCAACGGCCAAAGACUUCUUAGGAAAUUCGCGCAGACACAUCCGGUCAUCCACGUUAUUCGAGACCCAGAGAGCAUCCAGUCAUAUCUCAAAGCGUGGGAUACGGAAAAGGUACGACAUUUCCUCGAAUUAUCAGGCCCGAUAUAUCGAGGGUGCUCGAAUCUCGAGUUUUUCAACCUGUCAGAAGCCAGAAGCGAUGGUCUAGGGAAUGACAGUGACAAAUCAUCACCGACACACCGGAUAGAACCUAGGUCACAUACGCCUAUCCCAUUUUUAACGCUGAAACGAGUUCAGCGGGACUUUCUCCGCUUCAUUGCCUUCAUCACAGGUGACAUUGCUGAGCUUAACAGCCAGCAUGCAUCUUUCCCGCUGUCGCUGUUGCCUGUUGAAUCUCGAAUGUACACAUCUGCAGUAUCAGUACCGUUUUCUAGGGUCUGCGAGAAGGGUAUGGAUAUUGAGCAGCUGGAAUUCACUGCCGAUGCCUUCGAACUCGCAGUUGACGUAACAGACCCUUCUGGUCAGCCAAGCCUCAGCUCAAGUCUUGCGGAUAGUAUCAGUCAGGCGGUAGCAGUCAUUCGUCGCAACAUCAUUGUGCCGUUGAUCUAUCAUGUGGAAAGCUAUACCACCCCCAAAGGUUCUUUGUCUCCUAGUCAAGUCCCUGUGAGAUGUACCGAUGAAACCUACUUAAAUCUGGUCCAACAUGGCUUGCGGCUCUCCACGGGCUUCCUCACAGUAGACCUCACCCGUGAUGACAAUACUAUCUCCCAGAUCAUCUCCGCAAGUGGACGAACCAGGAUCAUUGGCCACUUCGAAGCAUUCCGUCCUCUGCCAGGCGGGUGGGAUGGCGAUGAGUAUAUGAAGGUUUAUGAGCGGGCCAGAAGCCUAGGAUGCGAUCUAGUCCGACUGUGUCAGCCAGCCGAGACACCCGAAGACAACCUUGCAGUACAAAGAUUCCGCCAUCGCAUUCAAAGCCUGCCUGCAGCUGGCCUUUCUCUGAUCGCAUAUAACACCGGCCCUCUUGGCCGCAUGUCUCGUUGCUUCAACCCCAUUCUCUCCCCAGUCACACAUCCAUCUUUAGUAACGGAACUUCCAACUCAUCUACGAUCAUGGAUCACAGCCCGCGAAGCACAGAAGGCCCUUUAUAGCUCAUUUGCCUUGGACCCGAUGCAAUUCUUUGUCUUUGGCGCCAACACAACAUACAGUAUGUCGCCCGCGAUGCACAACACUGCUUUCAAAAUUUGUGGUUUGCCGCACAAUUACUCCAUUCAUCAAUCACCUACCUUACGAGGAUUAAAUGACCUUGUGGAAAAUCAAUACUUCGGUGGAUCAAGUGUCAGUCUUCCAUACAAAACAGAGUGUAUUCCUCUGCUCCACUCAAUGUCUACGCAUGCCCGAGCCAUCGGCGCCGUCAAUACCCUCAUCCCGAUCCGCAACCUUGAGGAUUUAGAUGACACUCGUUUGCAAGAAUCUUCAAUCUUUCUUCAAAAGAGCCGUGCCGGCCCCAUCAAGGGCCUUCAUGGUGACAACACCGAUUGGAUUGGAAUCUGCAAUUGUAUUCGCCGCGGUCUGUCCCCAGCAAACGCUGUCCGCUCGUCCUCAGCAGGUCUUGUCAUCGGAUCUGGUGGGAUGGCCCGCGCCGCAAUUUACUCCAUGAUCCAUCUUGGUGUACAAAAUAUCUUUAUCUACAACCGUACAUUUGCCAAUGCAGAGAAACUGGCCCACCAUUACAAUCGGCAAGACCUCCACUCAAAAGAGGCCAGAGGAUCUGGCCAUCCCACAGUCCGCAUUAUUGCUUCAUUAUCCGACCCUUGGCCUGCAGGUUUCAAGCAGCCGACGAUUGUUGUAUCGGGAAUCCCGGCUCAUAGUAUUGGCGGCGAACCGGCACCUAACUUUCAUAUGCCAACACAAUGGCUAGAGAGCCCGACAGGCGGUGUUGUUGUUGAUCUGGCGUACAAGCCCCUCAAUACCCCUCUCAUGAAACAAACACGAGCAUUAUCCUACCGAGGCUGGGUAGCUCUAGAUGGCCUCGAUGUUCUGCCAGAGCAAGGGUUUGCCCAGUUUGAGCUGUUCACCGGCCGUCGCGCUCCCCGGCGUGUUAUGCGGAGCAUUGUGCUCCAAGAGUACAAAGACGACGAGGGAAAUAAUGACCAUCAAGCGAUACAAGACCGGUUACAACAAAUGGACGGACAGCCGAGUUAA